AUGUUGCCGCGCGCGCCCCGCCGCUGCGCCGCGGUCGGGCCGGGCCGGGCCGGGCCGGGCCGCGCGGGGGCGGCGGGCGGGGGCGGCGGGCGCGGGCGGCGCCGCGGCCGGAGGACGGGCCGGGGGCGCAGACCGCCCGCGCGCUCCCGGCUGCGCGUCCGCACAAUGCCGCGCGCGCUGGAGGCCGCGCCGGAGCCGCCCGGCCGCGGGGCUCAGGGCGCGAGUGUGCGCGGGCCGGGCCGCGCGCGGGACACAAAAGGGAAGGGACGCGCGGGGGCGGCGGGCGGGGAGCCGCGGCCCCACCGCAGGGACCCCCGGCCGCCGAGCGGCCUCUACGUCAGCGCCCCGGGUGGCGCCGCCUCCGCCCGCCGGCCUGGGCCCCGCUGCCGCUCGGGGAAGGCGGGCCGGUUGGAAGGUGGGCCGGCCGGGGGACCUCCCCGCGGGGACCAGGCGAGCCGAGGGCCUCUGCCGGGCAGAAAGUGGGCCGUGGUACCUGCUGGGGAAAGAAGGGCUGGGCUGCAAUUCAGCAUGUAUCAAUCAGCUGGCAUCCGGAGGUCACCACCCAGAACCCAGUUGGCCUGGCCUGUGAGCCCCAUCAUGCCCUCUUCUGUUUUGGCACUCCAGGAACAAUAUGGCAAAGCAUCACGUGCAGGCAUGAGCAUCUGACACAGGUGUGUUGUGUUCCCCCGCCACCCAACAGGUCAUUUGUAUGGAGCCUUUUGCAUCAUGCAUUCAGUCCUGUUCUCACCCACGCAACAAAGGGUGUAACACAGGGAUUUUGCGUUUAAUUGUGGAUGGAUAGCCAUAGUAUAAAAUGUCCAUCUGAAGAUGCCCUUAAGUAUGCUCACAUUACUCUGCAACCAUCACCUCUAUCCAUCCAUAGA